CGGUGCCCGCUGGUGCCGGUGCCCUGCCCUCACCCUGCCCGCCCCGCUCCCUCCCUCCCGCAGUGCCCCGAGGCCGGCGGCCCCCGCGGCGGCGAAGAUGCCCGACCGCGACGGCUACAACAACGGCAGCGGCGGCGAUGAGGUGGGCGCCAACGCGGACGACAUCUGCCGCGACUUCCUGCGCAACGUCUGCAAGCGGGGCAAGCGCUGCCGCUUCCGGCACCCCGACAUCAGCGAGGUGACCAACCUGGGCGUGCGCAAGAACGAGUUCAUCUUCUGCCACGACUUCCAGAACAAGGAGUGCGUGCGCCUCAACUGCCGCUUCAUCCACGGCACCAAGGAGGACGAGGACUGCUACAAGAAGACGGGGGAGCUCCCCCCGCGCCUGCGGCAGAAGGUGGCCGCCGGGCUCGGCCUCUCCCCCGCCGACCUGCCCAACAGCAAGGAGGAGGUGCCCAUCUGCAGGGACUUCUUGAAGGGCGACUGCCAGCGGGGCGCCAAGUGCAAGUUCCAGCACCUGCAGCGGGACUACGAGUACGAGUCGCGGGGGAUGGCCGCCCGCGAGCAGGGCAUCGGCACCGCCGUGCGCCGCUACGACGCCAUGUACGACUCGGACCGCUACGACGACCAUGAGCCCGUGCUGAAGCGGCGGCGGGUGGACGGGCUGCACUUCGACACCUACGAGUACAGCUUCACCAGCCCACGGACGGUGGAGUACCGGCUGCUGGAGGAGGAGAACAUCAUGCUGCGCAAGCGCGUGGAGGACCUCAAGAAGCAGGUGAACAACCUGAUGGCGACCAACGAGGUGCUGCUGGAGCAGAACGCCCAGUUCCGCAACCAGGCCAAGGUGAUGACUCUGAGCUCCACCGCCACGGCCACCGAGCAGACUCUGGCGCCCACCGUGGGCACCGUCACCAACUACAACCACAGCAUCGCGCAGACCCACACCACGCUCAGCAGCCAGGCUCUGCAGCCCCGGCCCGUUUCCCAACAGGAUUUGGUAGCGCCCGCCGGCGCCCAGGCAGCACCCCCGGCCAAUGCCGCUCCCCCCAUGAACCCCGAAAUCACCCCGCUGUCAGCCGCCCUGGCGCAGACCAUUGCCCAGGGCAUGGCCCCCCCGGUCUCCAUGGCCCCGGUGGCCGUCUCGGUGGCUCCCGUGGCCGUGUCGAUGGCGCAGCCGCUGGGGGGCAUCACCAUGAGCCACGCCACCACCCCCAUGGUGACGUACCCCAUCGCCUCGCAGAGCAUGCGGAUAACGGCCAUGCCGCACUGACCUCCCGGCCGCGCCGCGCCGCCUGCCCACCUCGGGGGGGGCGAGGGCAGGAGGCGAGCGGGAGCCGAGCCCCAGUGUGGAACGGAGAAACUGGGGGGACCCCCGCCUCCGGGCUUGGGGGGGCCGCAGGAAGGGGGGUGAGCCCCCCGGCCCACGCCGCGGCCACCGUUAACCCCGAGCGGCUGCGUGUGGGCUUCGGCGUGGCGGCG